CUUAUUGUAGAAUACAAUAAAUAAUUUGAUAGUAAACAUCGUAACAUAAAACUCUAAAAGUAUUUUUUAUAGGUUAUAAAGCAAUAGGUAAAAGCGAAGAUGCUUUAAACUUUAGAUAUGUUUGGAAUACCUAUUCAGCUGAGAUUUAACAAAAUGUAAUCUCAUAAAACAAUAUUUGGCGGACUAGUCACAUUAAUAGUUAUUCUUUUGAUAACUCUUUACUCCUACUCUAUUCUUAGUUAAUGCAUUUAAUUUUAAAAACCAAAUGUUGUCUUUUAAGAAAAUCUUAUUACAUCGCCAGAUGAUAUGAUAUUCGAUUAAAAUUAAUACACUUUAGCAUUGGGAAUUUAGGAUUAAAAUUUUGUCCAUUUCAUUGAUGAAUCUAUUUAUUAUUUAGAUGUUUAACUUUUAGAUACUUCUUAAGUUUUGAAUUAAUCAACAAAUCAAUAUGAACAAGUAACAAAUUCCCAACAUAUUUAAAUGGAGCCAUGCACUUUAAAUCACUUUUAGGUAUCAGGGACAUAGCAAUAGUUCUAAAAUCUAUAAUACACAAAUCUUUAUUGCUUUCCGUUAAAUUUUUAGAUUAAAUUAGGCGGAUAAUAUGGAGCAAUCGACUACAAAAGACUACAAAUUUAGGUUAAAAGUUGUUUAGCUAAUUGCAAAGACACAUCUGUGAUAUAAUAAAAAUUAAGCAGCGUUGCUUUAGGAUUGUAUUAUGUUAACUACAUCAUUCAACCUAAUGAUUCUAAUAAUCCUUUUCAACCAAUUGUAUAAAGUUCGUUGUGGAGAUCUGAAUAUUCUGUUUUAAAAAAUGUGAGUACUUACUUUAGAAAAACUACUGUUAGUUCAGAUUAUGGACUUAUUACAGAGAGUUUAACGCAUGAUAUUCGUAUGAUAUAUAGUUAUGACAGAGAAACUUAAACAGCAAAAACGGACAAUACAUUUUACCAAAUGUUUAUCAGCCUAGAACAAAAUAAACAAUCUGAAUACUUUAGAACUUACUUAAAACUACAAAGCGGCUUUUCUUUGAUUGGUGGUAUUUUUAAUGUACUUUUCCUUUUAGGAUUUAUAUUAUGCAUUCCAAUCUAGAAAGUAUCUUUAGAGUAUAAGAUGGUCAGUUAUUUUUUUCAAUUUUAGAAAAAAAGAGAGGAAAGUAAAUGCUAGCUGUAAAUUCGUAGUGAAUAAAAUCCGAGCUCAAGAUAAACAUUAAAUCAAUAGUUAUUUUCAGGGACUAUGCAACCAAAAUUGGCUAACUAAGAUUGGAAUAAUUUAGACAUUGAGUAUACUAUGCAAACACCUGCUUUGGAGAUUUCAAAGAGGAAAAAAAAACCUAAUUUGCCAUAUAUCAACAGAAAUGAGGUAAAAAGAAAAAACUAACUUGAUAGCGCUGCUGAAAGCAUAAACCAAACUCAGAAUAAUUUUUAUUUUAGCUCUUAGCAUGAAAAGUUUCUCAUGAAUAAUACUAAUAUUAGUGGGUUGCAGUACACAAAUAUAAAUUUUAAUCAAAAUCAAUCAUAAAUUUAACAGCAGCAGCUGCAAGAAAAGAGCUACUAAUAAACAGAAUAUGUUAUUGGAAUUUAAAGAGUAAAAGAAGUUUUUACUAAUGCUUAUAAAGCAUUCAAUUCAAUAAAAUUUUCGUUUUAUGGAUUAGUUAAGUCUAAGCUAUAAAAUUCUUUAAACUUCAAUAAGCCUUUUUCCAAAAUGAUAAACUAUGGAGUUGAAAAACUGUAUGACCAGCUUGAUAUCUCAUUUAUAUUAGCUAAAUUAAUUGAAAUUGAAAAGCUCAAAUACCUCCUUCUAAAUGAAAAUUAAAUCAAGCUCUUUGAGUUUAUAUCAAAGCCUACUCUCUAUCUCUAAGAUUUUGAAAAUGAAAAUUAGAAACGCCAAGUGAAAACCGAUAAAGAUUCAUAACCAAAUAUGCCUUAAAAUACAGCAACAGAAAAACUAAAUAACAAAAGAGCUUAAUUUGAACGAUUUUCUUUGCUUAAAUCGACAACCUAAAAUGAAGAGUAAAAAGCAAGAGAAGCAGAAGAGGCAUUUAAUUAAAUUUAUAAAAUAGAGAAAUCUUAGUCAGUGAUUGAUAAAAGAUUGAUAAGACUUCUUGAUAUGGAGUUCUUUGUAGACUUAGAAAUGAGCCAACCAAUUAAAUCAUCCAAUUCAAAUAUUCAAAGCAAUUAAUAAACUACUCAACUUGUAGAUACAAUGUUUAACACAAAUAAUAAUGCUUAAAAAGAAAAUAUAUUAAGUAAUGGUAUUAAGUCUAAUUAAGAUAUAUUAUUUACAAAAUAAAGACUUUCAGAUUAAAAUGAUGUAAAAAUAGAGUUGGAGUCUUCUCCUUAAAAGUAAGAAUUCAAAAAAAUCCCUUCAAUCCCUAAUCAUAUUAUUUUAAAAACUAAUGACGAAAACAUUUGA